AUGCACUCUCGCUCCCUGGUCUCUGGUCUUCCCAGGUCUCUGCCCUCCCUUCCUAGCUCGCCUGCGCCGCCCUGCAUUCCUUGCGUCGAGGGGCGCCAGCGCGCCGCUCCUCACUCCUCCUCGUUUCCUCCCACAGAGGCUCCACUGCAGACGCUCCACCUGGACAUGUGGGGCCCAGCCCGCGUCCAGGGGCAGGGCCGCGAGCGGUACUUCCUGCUGGUUGUCGACGACUACACGCGUUACACCACGGUCUUCCUCUUGCGCAGCAAGGGGGACGUCCCUGCUGUUUUGAUCCCCUGGAUCCGCGCUAUUCGUCCCCAGCUCUGCAAGCGGUUCGGGACGGACUUUCCCGUCCUGCGUCUGCACUCUGACAGAGGUGAUGAGUUCUCCUCCGACCUCUUGGCAGCCUACUGUGCGGAGCAUGGCAUCACCCAGUCGUUCACGCUUUCGGCCUCCCCGCAGCAGAAUGGGGUUGCUGAGCGCCGCAUUGGUUUAGUCAUGGAGGUCGCUCGUACCUCCAUGAUCCAUGCGGCUGCCCCCCAUUUUCUGUGGCCGUUUGCGGUCCGGUACGCCGCGCGUCAGCUCAACCUCUGGCCCCGUGUCUCCUUACCGGAGACCUCGCCCACCCUGCUGUGGACGGGGAAGGUUGGCGAUGCAUCGCGUUUCCGGGUCUGGGGUGCUCGUGCCUUUGUCCGCGAUACCACCGCGGACAAGCUCUCUGCUCGCGCCAUUCCCUGCGUCUUCCUUGGUUUUCCUACUGACGCGUUCGGCUGGCAAAUCUACGACCCCACCUCGCGUCGCGUCUUUGCGUCUCAGGCCGUCACCUUUGACGAGUCAAUCCCCUUUCACCGUCUGUUUCCCUACCGCACUGCCCCUCGCCCCCUGCCGCCGCUCGCGCUCGCUCCAGGUCCUUCCCUGGUAGCCCCCCUCCCCGCGCCAGGUCCUGCUCCUUCAGGUGUUUCUCAGGUAGACCCUCCUGUGCCUGCGCCUGUUGAGGUCACUGGUGACUCAGGUCCUGCUCGGGGUGCUGGUACUGGGGGUGCUGCGACUGGGGGUACUGAGCCUGUGCGAGAGGAGCCUGGGGGUACUGAGCCUGUGCGAGAGGAGCCUGGGGGUGCUGGGCUUGGGGGUGCGGAGUCUGGGGGUGCUGUGCCUGCGCGUGAGGAGCCUGGGGGUGCUGAGCCUGGGGGUGCUGAGCCUGCGCGUGAGGAGCCUGGGGGUGCUGGGUCUGGGGGUGAGGCACCUGCGAGCCUGCUGCUGCGCGGUCUCCUUGGAGUGACCGUCUUCGUCCGCGUGCGCCUCUCACCUCACAGCAGCUGCACGACUGGUACGGUCGCCGUCAGGGUCGUGCUGGAGGGGCUCGGGGCUCUGCUGCUGGAGGUACUUCUGCUGACGUCGCUGGAGCUGGGAGUGGUGCUGGUCCUUUGUCUUCAGGAGGUGCUGGGGUCCCUGGUCCCGGAGGUGCUCGUACUGGGGGUACUGGAGCUGCUGGGGCUGGAGGUACUACGUCUAAGGGUGCGGCUACUGGUGGUGCUGGUGCUGGAGGUGCUGGCGCUGGAGGUUCUGGAGCUGCUGGUGGUGUUGGCGCUGGAGGUGCUAGCGCUGGAGGUUCGGGAGCUGCUGGUGGUGCUGGCGCUGGAGGUUCUGGAGCUGGAGGUUCUGGAGCUGCUGGAGGUACUGGAGCUACUGGUGCUGGUGGCACUACGCAGCCACGACUGUUUCUUCGCUCCGCCGUCUCCGUCGUCUCUGCCACCGCCUGACUCUGUGCUUCGCCAGGUUCUUACCCUCCCGUCUUCUACUGGACUUCAUCCUGUCCGCACUGGUAGUCGUGUUCCCCGUCCGCGUCAGCCGGCUGUCCCCGGCGCACACCUCGUAGUCCGUCGUCCUCCUUCUGCUCAGCAGCGUGUUCCUCUACCUUCUCCCCCUGCGUCGUCUCUGCCCGACGUUGCUGACCCGGCGUCAGACCAGUUUCGUGCUGAGCACCCUACUGUCACACGUCUCCUAGCCACUGUUGUCACUGACCCGUCGUUUGAGUCUGCUGCUGCGUCUGCCUUGGUCGCUGAGCUUGUUGACUUUGCUGCUGCCUAUCGUCUAGACUACGCCGCCAGUCUUGUUGCUGAGUCUGAGUCUGUCUGUCCUCCAUCCGUCGGGGGUGAGUGUGCUCUUGGCACGGACGUCCUUGAGGACAGGCACGAGGACCUUGAGUAUCUUGCAGCCGCUGCGCCUCAUCUCGUGGCCAUGCUGCUUGCCCCUGAGGGAGACCCGGAUGCAGCAGACCUCCCGACCCCGCGCUCUUACGCUGAGGCGAUCGCGGGUGAGUACUCCUCUCAGUGGCAGACAGCCAUGGACGCAGAGAUGGCAUCCUGGAAGUCCACAGGCACCUACGUCGAUGAGGUUCCCCCUCCUGGGGCGAACAUCGUCGAUGGCAUGUGGAUUUUCAGGGUGAAGCGGCCGCCGGGUUCUCCGCCUGUCUUCAAGGCUCGUUACGUCGCUAGAGGCUUCAGUCAACGUGAGGGAGUUGACUUCUUCCAGACCUUCUCCCCUACCCCGAAGAUGACCACUCUUCGGGUGCUGCUGCACGUUGCCGCUCAGCGUGACUACGAGCUUCACUCUCUUGACUUCAGCACAGCCUUCUUACAGGGCAGCCUGCACGAGGAGAUCUGGCUGCGCCGCCCACCUGGCUUCACAGGGUCGUUCCCUCCUGGUACCCAGUGGAGCCUCCGGCGGCCAGUCUACGGUCUCCGCCAGGCAACUCGCGAGUGGCACGACACACUAAGGACGACACUUGCGGCUCUUGGGUUUGCUCCUUCGACUGCUGACCCGUCGCUGUUUCUCCGCACCGACACCUCGCUGCCGCCGUUCUACAUCCUCGUGUACGUCGACGACUUGGUCUUUGCCACUGCUGACACUGAGGCUCUCGCCCUGGUGAAGUCGGAGCUGCAGAGGAGACACACGUGCACAGACCUGGAGCCGAGUGGUCCUUACCCAGAGCUAGUGGGCUGCCUCAUGUACCUGAUGACCUGCACUCGUCCUGACCUUGCGUACCCUCUUGGCCUUCUGGCUCGCUAUGUGGCUCCUAUUCGGCAUCGAAAGGAGCACAUGGAUGCUGCUAAGAGGGUACUGCGCUACUUGUGCAGCACAUCGGGCAUGGGGCUCGUGCUUGGAGGACGGAGCGACGUUGUCCUCACUGGACACUCUGACGCGUCUUGGGUUGACGACCAGGCUACGCAGCGGUCGUCACAGGGGUACGCAUUCAGCCUUGGCUCUGGCUCUGUUUCGUGGCGGUCCACACGCUCGUCUUCUGUUCUCAGCUCCAGUUGUGAGGCUGAGAUCUACGCCACAGCCAUGGCUGCACAGGAGUUACGCUGGCUCACCUACCUGCUGACUGACUUGGGAGAGAGGCCUCGUUCUCCUCCAGUUCUGUACGUCGACAACAAGGCCGCCAUUGCCUUGUGUCAGGAGCACAGACUGGAGCACAGGACGAAGCACAUCGCUCUGCGUUACUUCCUGGCUCGAGAGUUGCAGCAGCGAGGUCAGCUUCGUCUUGCUCACGUGGCCACUCGGGCCAACACUGCUGAUAUAUUCACCAAGGCACUUCCGUCUGGUGAUCAUCAGCGUUUCUGUACUUUGUUAGGCCUUGUGCCUACGUUUCCACACUUGCUGUAG